CACGUUAUCACUGUUUCUGCAUUCCAUUUCGAACGUAGAGAUAUCUUACUCUCGACAAUGAGCGGAAGAGGUAAAACCGGCGGCAAAGCGAGAGCGAAGGCCAAGACUCGCUCCUCCAGAGCAGGGCUGCAGUUCCCCGUCGGUCGUGUUCACAGACUUCUCCGCAAGGGGAACUACGCCGAACGCGUCGGUGCCGGAGCUCCCGUCUAUCUGGCGGCUGUGCUCGAGUAUCUGACCGCUGAGAUCCUGGAGUUGGCUGGAAACGCCGCGAGAGACAACAAGAAGACCCGCAUCAUUCCCCGUCACCUGCAGCUGGCGGUGCGCAAUGACGAGGAGCUCAACAAACUCCUGGGUCGAGUGACCAUCGCUCAGGGCGGCGUGCUGCCCAACAUCCAGGCCGUGCUGCUGCCCAAAAAGACCGAGAAACCCGCCAAAGCCAAGUAGAUCCGUUCUACUCGGUUUCUGAAACGCAAAGGCUCUUUUAAGAGCCACCCAUUUUAUCCCCUACAGAGCGCUUUUCUGAUUGAAUAUGUAUUCUUAAAUGUACGUAACCUAAUAUGCACC